CGUUGCGCCGCAAUACGUCUGGGCGUUGUAAGACCGUGUGUAACUGAAUAUUCUUUUAGCUACACAAUCAUGAUCUUAUUGUCAAUAGUAACAGCGUUAUUGACAGCUGAAUCUGCAUUAGCGAAUACGCUCUCAUUACCAAUCUACCAGUCAAAACGCGACGAUAGUGAGAUUGACGAAUGGGCACAUGCGCAGGGAAUUAAGCAGCGUGCUAAGUAUGGCCAUCCCCUACUUUUAGACAGACAAUCAAACUUAUCAGAAAGGUCUAUAAUUGCCUUGACUAACCAGAACAUUGAUGCCGCUUAUUAUGCUACAAUUGGUGUCGGUCAACCACAGCAAGCGUUCCAAGUCAUUCUCGACACCGGUUCCUCCGCAUUAUGGCUCAUUUCACAGGAAUUAGCGCAAGCUGAGAACGGCCAAUUCGGUAGCGGCUACGAUACAUCUGCAAGCACAUCAUUCAAGAACAAAACCGACUCUUUUAGCGUUACAUAUGGUUCCGGUAAAGCUUACGGCUAUGAUGCGAGCGAUGAUGUACAACUCGGUACAUACAGCUUAUCAUCCUCACCAUUAGCCGUCGUUGAUCAAGUCACAUCCACACUUAUCGCAUCUCCAGUCUCUGGUAUUAUGGGUCUCGCUUGGUCGAGUUUAUCCCAGGAUGUUGGUACACCAUUUUGGCAGCAACUCGUGCAAAACAACCAAAUUAGUGCAGAAAACACCAUGUCAUUCUACCUUACUCGUAUGCGUUCAAACAGCCAGGCUCAGUCACUCGAGCCAGGUGGAACAUUCACACUCGGCGAAAUUGAUAGCUCACUUUACACGGGCGACAUAUCAUACCACGACAUCAUAGGUGAAGACUGGUGGAGAGUCAAGAUGACCGGAAUUAAAGUCAAUGGCGAGACCGUCUUCACACCAACGAUGACGAUUGGUGCAGGUGUCGACUCAGGCACAACACUUAUCGGUGGACCACACGACGAUAUCGCAAAGAUUUGGGAUGCAGUUGAAGGUGCACAGGAGGGAUCAGGAAGCUAUGCCGGAUACUGGUUCUACCCUUGUGACGCCAAUCCUAACAUCGAGAUCGAAAUAGACGGAACAACCUACGCUGUUAACCCAGAAGACCUUAAAUUUAACAGGGCUAGCUCAGGUACAUGCCAAGGAGCCAUCUUUGCACUUACUUCUGGAUCGACAACAGGUAGUGACACAAGCUUAGAAUGGGUACUCGGUGACACGUUCAUGAAGAAUUAUUACACUGUUUUUAGACAUACACCAGCAUCUGUAGGAUUCGCCCAACUCUCUGAUCAAGCUGUUGCAAGCCAGACGAAAGUAGGCUCAAUUCCAUCACCAACUGUCGGUGAAGCCGAUAGCUUUGGUGGUUCAGAUGCAAGACCAAACUAUAGUACGACUGUGAUACUCCCAAUUACAAUAGCACUUACAACAUUGAUCGCAUUAUCAAUAUAAACACGCCUACUGGACAAUACUUUUUGCAUUUUAUUUAUGAACCAUGCCAUUUGGGAAAAUGGCACGAAUUCUCAAAAGAAAACCCUAGGAGGACCCCAGGAUUUUCAUUAUUGUAAUUAUGACUUCUUUUAUAUGUAUACGAAUACGCUCGUUUAUAGAUAAAAGAAGUCAUAAUUACAAGAAUAAAAAU